AUGCGAAGUCGCUGGAACCUGGGAUGUCUUGUUCUAGGCGUUGUCAUAGCUACUGUCCUUAUUUGUAGAACACUUUACCUCCACCCACAAACAGAAGUCCUUGAAGAACCCAACAUAUUUCUGCAAGCGCCAAAUGAAGAGUCAGUGAAGCGAAAGAUACUCAGUCUGGUCGACCAAUCAUACCUUCCUAGUGAUUAUCACAACGUUGAUAUCAUCCGGCCUAAUGACAACACUACACUCCUGCUCAUCGAGUUGGACCGCUCUGAAUUCAUCCAGGCACCAAGCAACUGGUGCCACACGGACGGGGAUCGGAAAGUGAUUGGCAGAGAAGUUGACAUUCUGACUUGCUUUCCUGAAAUUCCAUUUUACAACGAAUUCUAUAUUAAGGAAUCGCUUCGACUUAUUCGCAACGAAUUUCGAUCGAUGGAAAUAAGAUUUGUGAUAGCGUAUGGAUCACUUCUGGGCUCAUUGCGAUAUCACGGAAGAGUGCCGUAUGAGGCGAAUUUCGACUUGAUUGUUCAUCGUGAAGAUCGCGAGCGUGCGUUACAAGUGUUCCUCAAAUUGGCUGCAGACCGAGAAAGUCGAAUGCGCAUCUUUGAUCUCAGUCCGGCAAACAUGACUGCAACGGUGGGAUUGGCGUGUGCACGAGGCACAAAGUGGAUGAAGCCAGAAACCUGGAAGAAAUUGAAAAGGAACAUGUCUUUUCGUGAAGGCAUUCCAACUGGACACAAGAUGACCACAUACUUUGAAGUAAUGGGAUCGUGUGAGACUUACGUAGACAUUCAUGCAAGCGCCGACACGGACGUUCUUUUGGAUGGACUUGGCGACCAGGCGCCAAUGUAUCGGCCUUUGGAGGGAACGCUUUUUCGCGUACCUGACGGAGGACGGGAGUUUCUCGAAAUGGUUGCAGGUUCGAGCCUGGGCAUGUGCUUGCCCAGGACGCAAAAUGUUAAGCACAUGAGCCUUCAUCCCCUACCUGACAAAUGCCAACAUCUCUCUGUAUCAUGCAGUGAGUUGGAUUUUAUGUACCCGAGGCUGACUGAGUUUACUGGGGAAAACGACACGGCAACCUACGAG